AUGCUCCCGGUGCUGAGAGCCAAGCGGCAGCAGCCCCUCCUGUGGCCCGGGAAUGCAGAGCCCCCAGUGCCUCCGUGGAUUUGGAUGUUCCCGAGUGCAGCUGGCCUUCUUCGGAUUGGGGGCGCCGCAGGGGUGGUGCCCCCUCCUCCUCUGCUGCUUUCUUCGCCCCCACACGCUCGGCCGCAGCUGCCGCCUGCACCAAUGAUCCAGGGGGUGUCAGGAUGGCAACUUCCCUGCAAUCCUUUUCUGCCUUUGAUGGCACCGGAGCACCAUUCUGCAGUUCAUCAGCUAUCUCUUCCGAAUGGGCAAUGGAUGUUUGGAGCUUACGCUCCAGGCCUAGAAUUUUCACCAUCUUCAAGUUUGGAAUUUGUCCCUCUUCCUCAUGUGUACACAACUACUGCUGCACUUCAGUCUGGGAAAAAUUGGAUAGACAAGAGGAUGCCAAAUUGCAAGAUCUAUUUAAACAAUGCAUUUGCUCUGGAUUCAGUUUGGAUGCAUCCUGAGGAACUACAAAUCUACCAGGGACAUGAAAAACCUCUUGUUACAACAAAUCAAAUAGCUGUGGCUUUAUCUAGACCAGCUAAUGUACUCAGGCCUCUUCCUGCAAUGGCAUUAACACCCCAGCCUGUUCCAGGUGGUUGCCUUAAACAAGCUAACAGUAACCAGGCUAUUGUAUUAGCAGCAGCCUUAUAUUCAGUUGAUGCCAACAGCCUUCCAUCAACAAGUGUUCAGCCAUGCCAUGUACUGACAUUAUCACCCAUCAGAAUACCUGUUUUGACAUCACCUUACCAAGGUGCUGCUUCUAAAAUGGAGACUUGCAUGACUUCUCUGAUGCCAGCUCAAGUCACCAGGGUAGCAGCUAUCUCUUCACCAGCUGUGACAUUCAUGGCAACCAGUUUGGUGGAUCAGACAUUAACAGAUAAAGGCAAAGAAUCAAACAGAGCCUCCUGCCCACCAACCCUGAUUUUACAUACUGAAAUGAAUGAUAAGCCAACAGAGAAUGAGGAUAAAAAACAUUCCUUACAGCUACUCCAAGAGGACAGUAGUGCUUCAAAUGACAACAAACCAGUUGCUUCUACGCCUGUACCUGGCUCUCCAUGGUGUAUAGUCUGGACUGGAGAUGACCGAGUCUUCUUCUUCAACCCUACAAUGCAGUUGUCAGUAUGGGACAAACCUGUGGAUCUAAAGAAUCGUGGUGAUAUUAACAAAAUCAUUGAAGACCCACCUCAUAAACGCAAACUGGAAACUUCAGCAACAGAUAAAAGUGAUGGUUCCUAUCCAGAGGAUACAAAUGGUGACAAUGGAACCAAAACAAAGAGAAAUAAACUAGAAGAUCCUCAGAAUGCUAAACUAGGCAAGUUCAAAGGGGAAGAGAAAACUGUGAAAACAUCAGAACAUCAGAUUAUGCUUUCAUUGGAAGAACGUAUUACCCAUUUUCGAGAUAUGCUUCUGGAAAGACGGGUCUCUGCAUUUUCCACAUGGGAAAAAGAGUUACACAAAAUAGUAUUUGAUCCACGUUAUCUUCUACUAAACUCAGAAGAACGUAAACAGGUAUUUGAACAGUUUGUCAAGACCAGGAUAAAAGAAGAAUACAAGGAAAAGAAAAACAAGUUACUGAUAGCCAAAGAGGAAUUUAAAAAACUGCUUGAGGAAUCUAAACUGUCACCAAGGACAACAUUUAAGGAGUUUGCAGAGAAAUAUGGCACAGAUCAACGAUUUCGACUGGUCCAGAAGAAGAAAGACCAAGAGCACUUUUUCAACCAGUUUAUACUAAUCCUUAAAAAGAGAGACAAAGAGAACAGAAUAAGGCUACGGAAAAUGAGAUAA